AUGGGCCCAGCUCCAGCAAACAGCGACGGCUUACUGGUGGCGACUCUACUCCGGGACGAAACAGGAGAGUGGGAUGUCGGAAAAGUAGAGGGCCUUCUACCGCUCUUAACCUCUAAGAAUCUAAGCAUCAAACAAGCAAAAAAGGAGCACCAGACAAGAGAAUUUGGCUUAGGAAAAGCUCAGGAAGCGGCACUUCUCAAAGCCCCAUGGAUCCUCUGGUCUAUCUGGACAGCUUGGAACCACAAGCUCUUUCAAGAGCGGCACUUCUCAAAGCAGGAGACCGUGGUCAAGGCUAUUGGUAACGCACGUGAAUGGAUAGCUGCACAAAAAACAGAGGUGACUCCUUCAAUUCCGGUGGCGAGAUGUGACCCUCAAACCAGAGAAGAAAUCGUCUGCAAAUCAGAUGCAGCACGGAAUGCGAAUCACUUGAUGGCUGGAGGAGCUUGGAACUUCUCUCGAUCUAGGGACGGCUUGAACAAAUCUGAAUCCCAAACCUUUACGUAUGUGAAAUCUCCCCUUGCGGCGGAGGGACUGAGUCUGCGAGCGGCUAUGGAGCAGGCAAUUUCACUGAAUCUUAAACGCAUCUCCUUCGAAUCCGAUUGGAAGACCCUAAUAGCAGUAAUAAAAAAUGGCGAAUGCAUCUCCGACUUGCAUGGUAUAGUCGCGGAUGUCAUCUCCCUGACUUGUUCUUUCGACGCUGCUUCCUUUCAUUUUGUUAAAAGAGAAAAACUCUCUUGUGUCGACAAGUUAGCUAAGCAGGCCUUGAGCCUAGUUGUACCAAAUCCAAUUAAUUUUCAAUUAAAGCAUUUG